GCUCUUGGCUGGCCUUUUCUUCUACUUUUCUCCCGGGUCGCCAGGGCAGACUUCUGGGCUCCUCUCCUCCUCCCCCUAGCAGCCGGCUGCUCCCCCCACCCCGCCCCGUAGCUCCCCAUUUGUGCACGCUGUUAGUGUGUGUGGGGGUGACCAAAGGGGAUGUCCUGUUUCCACCAGAGACACAGCGCGAAGGGGAAACUUAGACAGUGGAAGCAGCGAGAAUAAACAUCUAAGAACCGGCGCGUAGAUCUGCGGUUCGGGCGGAACUUGAACUUGGGGAUCCUGAGGCGGCCCGAGCGACGGGAGAUAGUCCAUUUGUAAUUGAAGGAAGCUGCUUCUACUUGGGAGUGGCAGGAAAAGUGAGAAAACCACAUGGAAGACUCCCAGGAUUUAAAUGAACAAUCAGUAAAGAAAACGUGCACAGAAUCCGAUGUUUCAGAACCUCAGAAUUCCAGGUCUAUGGAAAUGCAGGACCUGGCAAGUCCUCACACUCUUGUUGGAGGUAGUGAUGCUCCUGGUAGCUCCAAACUGGAUAAACCUAACCUCAGCAGCACAUCGGUCACCACAAAUGGGACAGGAGGGGACAGCAUGACUGUUUUAAAUACAGCAGACUGGUUGCUGAGUUGUAACACCCCCUCUUCCGCAACAAUGUCUCUUCUUGCAGUCAAAACAGAGCCUUUGAACAGCAGUGAAACCACAACCACGACUGGAGAUGGAGCGCUUGACACUUUUACUGGGUCAGUAAUAACAAGUAGUGGCUACAGCCCCCGAUCAGCGCAUCAGUAUUCCCCACAGCUGUAUCCUUCCAAGCCCUAUCCACACAUUCUUUCUACACCAGCAGCUCAAACAAUGUCUGCCUAUGCAGGCCAGUCUCAGUAUUCGGGAAUGCAGCAGCCAGCGGUGUACACAGCCUACUCACAGACAGGACAGCCCUACAGCCUGCCCACUUACGAUCUGGGUGUGAUGUUGCCAGCCAUCAAGACAGAGGGUGGCCUUUCCCAAACUCAGUCACCACUGCAGAGUGGCUGCCUCAGUUACAGCCCAGGGUUUUCUACCCCACAGCCAGGCCAGACGCCUUACUCCUACCAAAUGCCAGGUUCUAGUUUUGCACCAUCGUCUACUAUUUAUGCGAAUAACUCAGUUUCGAAUUCAACAAAUUUCAGUGGUUCACAACAGGAUUAUCCAUCCUACACAGCCUUUGGCCAAAACCAGUAUGCACAGUAUUACUCGGCAUCAACGUAUGGAGCCUACAUGACAUCCAAUAACACUGCUGACUGCACGUCCACAUCAGCCUCCACUUACCAGUUACAGGAAUCUCUCCCCGGGCUGCCGAGCCAGCCAGGAGAAUUUGAUACCGUGCAGAGCCCCUCCACGCCCAUCAAAGAUCUUGAUGACCGAACAUGUAGAAGUUCUGGAUCAAAGUCCCGAGGAAGAGGCCGGAAAAAUAACCCCUCCCCACCUCCCGACAGUGACCUGGAGCGUGUGUUUGUCUGGGAUUUGGAUGAGACGAUCAUUGUUUUUCACUCACUCCUCACAGGGUCUUAUGCACAGAAGUAUGGCAAGGAUCCCCCCAUGGCUGUAACCCUUGGACUCCGAAUGGAGGAAAUGAUUUUUAAUCUUGCUGAUACACAUUUGUUUUUUAAUGAUUUAGAGGAAUGCGAUCAAGUUCAUAUAGAUGAUGUUUCCUCUGAUGAUAAUGGGCAAGACUUAAGUACCUACAGUUUUGCAACUGAUGGCUUCCAUGCAGCUGCAAGUAGUGCAAACCUUUGUUUGCCAACAGGUGUAAGAGGAGGAGUGGACUGGAUGAGGAAGUUGGCUUUUCGUUACAGAAGAGUAAAAGAGUUAUAUAACACCUACAAGAACAAUGUCGGAGGACUGCUUGGCCCUGCCAAGAGGGAUGCCUGGCUGCAGCUGAGGGCAGAGAUUGAAGGCCUGACAGAUUCCUGGCUCACAAAUGCACUUAAGUCGUUAUCAAUUAUUAGUACUAGGAGUAAUUGUGUAAAUGUCUUGGUAACAACAACCCAGCUGAUCCCAGCACUUGCAAAGGUUCUGCUCUAUAGCUUAGGAGGUGCUUUCCCCAUUGAAAAUAUUUACAGUGCGACUAAAAUAGGAAAAGAAAGUUGCUUUGAACGAAUAAUGCAAAGGUUUGGCAGAAAAGUAGUAUAUGUUGUAAUUGGGGAUGGUGUAGAAGAAGAACAGGCAGCAAAAAAGCACAACAUGCCCUUUUGGAGGAUAUCAAGUCACUCGGACCUCUUGGCUCUCCAUCAAGCACUGGAAUUAGAGUAUUUGUAACUGUGUUCUCUAGCUGGAGAUCCAUUUUUAUAUGUAUUUCAAGUACACUGAAUUUUUAUGUGUGAUUCAAUGCCUCUGGCUCUACACAUAUAAAUUGUCUUAAAGGAUGAAAUCAUAUUUGGAAUGAGAAUUCAAGAAUGAAGAAUUCAGAUUGCUGAAUGGAAUUAAACUUUAGUGCUACAGAAAGAAAACUCUAUGGUCUUAUAUUCACAACACGGUAGUGGUUUAAGAAAAAUCUGUGGAGGUUGCUGGUGCACAUGGAAUGAAUCCUAACUGGAAUUAACAGCUUUAGUAAAGAACUCUUAAUCCUCCCAAGCAGCAACACCUGAGCUCCGUGUGACAAGGUGAUCAACGACAUUCCUCAAAGUGGGAGACCCUCUCAGCCCUGAGGUUUGAAUAUGACUUUAGCCUACCUAGCCCAGAAAAUCUGAAUCGGAAUGCACUCAGACUGUGUAAGGACAGUCCUCUCUAGACCUGUAAUUUGUGUAAAUUAUUGAUGAAAAUAAUUUACUGUGACUUUAUUAGCAGCUGACUUUGAAAGUGGAUGCAAUUUUUCUUUCAUGUGUUGGGGGAGGGCUGGGGAGGGGAGAUGGGAAUAUAAUAUUGUCUCUUUUUUAAGUUUGGCAAACAGAAUGUUCAUACUGAUGUGUUGUGCCUUAAAAACAAGACAGCGUUCGUGUGUUAUAAUGUAAUUUUGGUUUAAAAAGAGAAUCUCUGUAGAUAAUGAAAAACAAAACAAAACCAAAAAAAAAGUUUGUACGAAUUCUUCACAAGACCAAAUUUAAAAUUCAAGCUAUCAAAGUUUAAUACUAUAUCAAAAAGAAACCAAAUAUUUGUUGCAAAAAGAAACCAUUAGUAGCAAUAAAGGAAAGCUUGUACUUUAUUUGGGUUCUUAAUAAUUCCAAUAAUUGUGUGAGGCAACUAUCUGUGCAUCCAACCAGAAGGAGAAGGUUUGGGAGACACUGUGGGACCUUUACUUAGAAAGUAAACUGUAUGUUGAAGUCUCAAGUAUCCUUUCUACAGUUUUACUGUCGAAAACUAAGAGCCAUAUUCAGGACAACUUGCAUGAUUUUGAGUUUGAGAUUUUUGAUCUACGAAAGUUGUGUAGAGAAAUAUCUUAACAUGAAAAUGAUUGUCAGUUACCAACCAAAUGUCUUUAGAAUAUGCUGUGGACAUAGCUUAAAAUUUACACUGAAUGAAUAUGCCUUAAGAUACAACUAAGUACAUUGAUUCCCAAUGCCACUUGAGGGAAUGAAGCGUCAUCAGUCAUGAAAGGCGGAUGCACCAGACAGCUCCCAAGGAAUGAAGUGAGUCUGUGAAACUUUCCCCCAGAUGUCAUUGUAAAUCCAAAUUAGCAGUGAGCCAGAUCUUGGCAGCUUUACCAAAUGACAGCAGUAAAACAGGAUUGGUUCUGUGUCUUAACACAUCCAUCCAAGCCCUCCACAUUACAGACUUGGGUGCGUUGGUUUUUGCCUGUGCUGUUACUCACAAUGGGCUGCAUUCAUUGUGGGAGGACCUGUCAUCGUUGUGUUUGCAUGUUUUUUUUUUUUUCUUGGUGUGUAGCCCGUGUUGGGAACACGAUACAGGUUCUCCUGUCAUUUUCUAUGACAUGAUUUCCCUUGUAGAAAUGUAAGAAUUUGAGAUCUAAAGUAUUCUAGUGGCAUCUGCACCUGCAGCUGUAUAUUUAAAAGGGCGUGAUGUGGAUCCUGGCAUCCAGAUACAAGUCAGUGUCUGUAACUAGAGGUUGGUUCACAAUAGGACAUCAACUGAGGCCUCCAAGGUUUAAAUGUGGUCAGUGCUAGACUCACAGAUCACCGCAUGCACUAUGGAAAUACAGUUUUAUUUUGUCAGACUCUCAACCUGCAUUUCUUCAGUGACUUUUGAGGCUGUGUUCAUGAUGGGCAGAAAGAUAAUGAGAUCCCAAUUUCAUAUAUUCAUAUCAGAUAGACCUUCUUCUUUAAAUAUUUCUGCCUCUGCCCCAAGUACUACAGCAAGUAAAUUAUGGUUGGAAUCUUUUGACAAUACUACUAGUAAAACAAUAAUACCUUUUAUACUUCUAUUGACCUCUAGUUUGAAAAUAGCAGUUUAAAAAUUAAAAGAAUUACAACUGAUUCUCAGUACUUUUGCACAUUAAAAUCUGUAAGAGUUAUCACUGUGAAUAAAAAAUUAUUUUUGCUGUAUAGCCAUUUUCUGUAAAAGAAUUCCGGCCCUAUAUCUAAAUUUUGUUUCAGUUUUUAUAUCAAGGAAGCAAGUCCUCUUAUGUUGCUAAAGGUGCAGGUACAGAAACACCAAGAAGCUUCCUGCUAACCUCUCCCAGUACACGCGCGCACACACACACACAAUCUUUCUUUCUGGUGAUAUGUUUAGAAAACCUGAAGGUGACAUUGGCAAAGAACAGCUCGGCAGAUGCCAGUAAGCCCUGGGCACAUCUUGGUCAUGUGACUUAAGCGUGCUGGAGGUAGAACUCUUCCCAUUUCCGGAGCAGAAAGUCCCCUUCCUUUCUGGUCAGAAAAAAAAAAAAAAAAUCAACAAAUAACAAAGUAGCACUUUGCCAGUUCUAUUUACAUGUGGAAUAUUGUGCCUUAUUGUAAACUAGUUUGAAAAAUUUUCUGUAACUAAAAUGGAUUUUUGACUGUCGAGUACACAAAAUUGGUCUGUUAUUCAGAAACAUGACCACUUGUGUUGCACCUUAAAAAAUAUCAAGGCCAUGUAAGUUUAGUAGCAAGAUAAGUGGCCUGGCUGUGAUGUUAUAGCAUAUGACAAAGACACUAUAUCCCUGAAAAAUAUUUAAAUCAAAGUCAGAGGCAAAAAUAUUUUAGAAUCAUAUAGUUUAUUCACAAAGAAAUAGGAAUAACCAUCUCUAAAAAUGUUUUUUUUUUUUUUUUUCCUUUAGUCUCUGGUCAGCUCAGAUUCAAAAUAAUGUCAACAGCAUGCUCCACUAAGAAGUUGUUUUUUAAAUUGCCCUUGUUUGUGACACGCCUACAUUCUCGGUGGAUAUGGCAUUUAGUAUUUCUUUUAAAACAAAUGUAAGCAUCAUGAGCCAAAGUUGCAUUCUGACUCCCAACUCUGGUAGCGUUAAUGGAAAUCUCACAGUGAAAGUCAAGGGACUCUGUUAUGUGUUAGUAAAGUAUAGAUUAUCGAGGCCUACAUAAUUUAAAGAAAUGUAAAUUAAUAUUAAAAGCUUGUAAAAAUAUGUACAUCUUUACUAUUUCUCAAUAAAUACCUUUGCAAAUGUU